CUCAGGAUAUAAUGAAAUCAGAAAAAAUCAAGCUUGCCAUGGAAAAGAUACAGGAAUCAAAUAUAAAGAAACUGUUUAUCAAAGCAUACACUGAUGAUGGUCGGGCCAAAAGUUUACUGGUUGAUGAAAGGAUGACAGUGGCUCAUGUGUGCCGACUUCUAUCUGAAAAAAGUCAUACCAAAAUGGAUCCUCAGUGGGUUGUUGUUGAACGGAAUUAUGAUUUACAUUUAGAUCGAGUUUUUGAAGAUCACGAAAACUUGGUAGAAAAUAUAUUAAUGUGGACCCAAGAUGCCACACACAAAUUGUUUUUUCUCAAGGAAGAGGAUAAAAAUGAUGUUUUUGUAAACCCAGAGGUAUGGCUUUUUAUGUCAAUUGUUUUUCUAAAGAAGUCAAAAUAGGAAUCUAAUAUUUGUAGUAAAAAUGUAUAAAAGUCCACUAGAGUUUAGAA